GUUUUCUCAAGUGACUCCUGUAAAAAAUUAUUCUAGAGCUAAGACUUGUUUACUUCUCUCACAGAUGUUAACUUUGUGGAAAUGGGAAACAGGUCUAUGGAGUCCCUUAACGCUUAGCCCAACCAGGGGUUAGAGUUGAGAUAAUGGGUUCAUGGAAGAUUCGGGGAAAAGAUUAACUCAUUGACAUACUCUUCACUUCUGGGCACUAGUGGAUCAAUCUUCCAGUACUACACCUGGCUAAGGAUCCCCUAAAGACCCCUGGGAGGCUGGACCAUGGCACGAGAGUUGCCUUUAUCCAUCACCGGGAGCAAGUGUGGAAGAGGUGCAUCAAUAUUUGAACCGGGAAUUGAACUCAGGACCUCGUGCUUGCCAGGCAGGCACUUAUGCCACUGAGCUAAAUCCCCAGCCUUACUUCUGAACUUUUAUCUGAAGCUCAGCAAGGUUAUCUGCUGCGUGAUAUGGGCCUUUUUGGGGUGCUGAAUGAAAUUGCAAACUCAGAGGAAGAGGUGUUUGAGUGGGUAAAGACAGCAUCCAGAUGGGCCCUGGCACUUUGUCGAUGGGCCUCCUCCCUCCAUGGAUCCCUCUUCCCCCACCUGUCUCUCCGGAGUGAAGAUCUGAUUGCUGAAUUUGCUCAAGUCACAAACUGGUCCAGCUGCUGCUUGCGGGUCUUUGCCUGGCACCCUCAUGCCAACAAGUUUGCCGUGGCACUGCUGGAUGACUCCAUCCGAGUGUAUAAUGCCAACAGCACUAUAGUCCCUUCUCUGAAGCACCGGCUACAACGAAAUGUGGCAGCUCUGGCCUGGAAGCCUCUUAGUGCCUCUGUCUUGGCUGUGGCCUGCCAGAGCUGUAUUCUUAUCUGGACCCUGGAUCCUACCUCCUUGUCUACCCGACCCUCUUCUGGCUGUGCUCAAGUGUUGUCUCACCCUGGGCACACACCUGUCACCAGCCUAGCCUGGGCCCCCAGUGGGGGGAGAUUGCUCUCAGCCUCACCUGUGGAUGCUGCUAUUCUGGUAUGGGAUGUGUCAACAGAGAUCUGUGUCCCUCUUCCGUGGUUUCGAGGAGGUGGAGUUACCAACCUGCUCUGGUCCCCAGAUGGCAGCAAAGUCCUAGCCACCACUCCUUCAGCUGUCUUCCGAGUCUGGGAGGCCCAGAUGUGGACCUGUGAGAGAUGGCCAACUCUCUCAGGGCGCUGUCAGACUGGCUGCUGGAGCCCAGAUGGAAAUCGACUGCUGUUCACUGUAUUGGGGGAACCACUGAUUUACUCCUUGUCAUUCCCAAACCAAUGUGCUGAGGGGAAGGGGCAUGUUGGAGGUGCCAAGUCGGCAACAAUUGUGGCAGAUCUUUCUGAGACAAUAAUACAGACCCCAGAUGGUGAGGAGAGGCUUGGGGGAGAGGCCCACUCCAUGGUCUGGGACCCCAGUGGGGAGCGUCUGGCUGUGCUCAUGAAAGGAAACUCCCAGGUCCAGGAUGGGAAACCAGUCAUUCUCCUUUUUCGUACUAGAAACAGCCCUGUGUUUGAGCUACUUCCCUGUGGUAUUAUCCAGGGGGAGCCUGGAGCUCAGGCCCAGCUCAUCUCUUUCCAUCCUUCCUUCAACAAAGGGGCCCUGCUUAGCGUGUGCUGGUCUACAGGCCGAAUCUCCCACAUCCCUCUGUACUUCGUCAAUGCCCAGUUUCCACGUUUUAGCCCAGUACUUGGCCGUGCCCAAGAGCCCCCAGCUGGAGGUGUAGGCUGUAUGCCUGACCUGCCACUGUUCACUGAGACAGCCUCAACCUCUGCCCCUUGGGAUUCCCUCCCGGGGCUGUCACCUGCUCAGUCCCACUCCCCUCACAUCUAAUAAUUAAAAAAAUUGUUCUCCAUUCAA